GUCACUCUGUCAUGGGAAAGGAAACACUCAAGUGUGUCUCCGUGGAGUGAAUUGGACGAGAGCAAAGCCCACUUUUACUUUAAGUUACACAGGGAGCUGGGAUCAUGCUCCUUAAAGACCCGCGCAGAUCCCUGCUGGAUGCUGAAUCGACUUUCAAUGGCAUUUCACUCUGCUCUGUUUGCGGGCAGCUCCACACACAUUAGGACACACACACACACGCACACACCCGCCUCCUCAGGAACGGCUCACGGUUGGUCCAUCAAUCGGUCAGUCUUUACCCUUCCUCUCACUGUCUCUGUGUUAGUGUGUUAUCCUGGACUGCGGCAACGAAUAUGAGGAAGAUGUGGCUUAUGAAGUCUGCAGAGAGGGAUUCAAACGCAUGACCGCUGACAUUCCCAAACGAGAUCGCAGGGGAUUGGGAUCUUUACGCAUAUCUUUAUCGGUUAGCUGGACUGACGUCUUCGCCUUUUACAAUUAAUUUUGACUGUGAAUGGAAGCACCUCGGUGGGAAAAAACCGAGUUAAGAUCCUCUUCGUUGUGUCUGAGACGCUGACAGGACAGUGUGGGUAUUGCGUGACGUGCCUGGCAGUUUUGGAGAGUUUUAUUGGUGGGGAAGGAAAGCGCUGCUCCUUCAGGAACGAUGAACAACUCUGGGAAUCUGAAGGACAGCGACAUUCAGAAGAAGAUCGACCAUGAGAUCCGGAUGCGAGAUGGAGCCUGCAAGUUGCUGGCUGCUUGCUCGCAGCGAGACCAGGCCCUGGAGGCGGCAAAGAGCCUGCAGACGUGCAGCACUCGUAUCAUGGCUUACAUGUCAGAGCUCCAGAGGAUGAAGGAAGCUCAGGUCAUGCAGAACGUCCCACGCAGAUCUUCAGAUGCAGGCCCAAUGGACGACAGACUCCCCUGCAAAGGAAAAGUGGCAAUCUCAGAUCUUCGGAUCCCUCUCAUGUGGAAAGACACAGAGUACUUCAAGAACAAAGGAGAGCUUCAUCGAUGUGCUGUGUUCUGCCUGCUGCAGCUGGGGGGAGAAAUCUUCGACACAGACAUGGUGAUAGUGGAUCGGACCCUCACAGAUAUCUGCUUUGACAACACCAUCGCCUUUAAUGAAGCCAGCCCUGGCUUUGAGCUCCGGGUUGAGCUGUAUAGCUGCUGCUCAGAGGACGACUACUCUGCAGGAAGCACGCCCAGGAAAUUGGCCAGCAAGCUGAGCUCCUCACUGGGCCGAUCAGCAGGAAAGAAGCUCAGAGCGGCAAUGGAGCCUGGCGCAUGUAGUCCUGUUAGUAAUGGAGGAGCUCCUCUUCUGCUGCCAGUUCCCUCUGUACCGGGCCCGAAGUACCACCUCUUAGCUCACACCACCCUGUCACUGUCACACGUCCAGGACAGCUUUCGCACGCAUGACCUCACUAUUUUGGGCAACGAAGAAUGCUCAUACUGGCUGCCUCUCUACGGCAGCAUGUGUUGCCGCCUCGCAGCUCAACCGCACUGUAUGACCCAACAGAUGAUGGGUGGAUGGUUGAAAGUUAAGCAGUGUGGAGGUGAGCCUCAGACUUGGACAAAGGUGUAUGCCAUUCUAAAAGCAACAAGCCUUUUGUGCUACCAGCGACAGGAGGAUGUGGAGGCCAAUGUUGAGCCUGCUUUGACCAUCGCCAUCAACAAGGAGACCAGAAUACGUGCGUCAGAGAAGGACCCUCUCAGUAAGGGUCAGAACAUUUGCAUCAGCAACCGAUACGGAGGGGAGGAGGUCACGCACACUCUGAACACGGAAAACCGCGAGGACACGCACCACUGGAUGGAAGCUUUCUGGCAGCAUUUCUAUGAUAUGAGCCAAUGGAAGCAGUGCUGUGAUGACUUAAUGAAAAUUGAACUUCCCUCUCCAAGAAAACCAGCUCCUGUAACACCAAAACAGGGCUCACUUUACCAUGAAAUGGUUAUUGAGUCAUCUAAUGACUUGAGCAGCACUGUGUCUGACAUCUUGGCCCGGAGGAUGCAGGAGCUGGAGCUCCGCAGCCAGCUGGGCACAUCUCCCACCUGGAAUUCUGCGUUUGAGGAGAACAGUCCAAAAUGCACUGGCUACCCUGUCCGUCCUUGUACCUCUCGCCUGUCUGGCCACAGCCCUCACUUCCCUCAUCGUCUUCCUUCUCGGAGCCCUGUGAGCCCUCACCGCUUCCCACAGCUGGGUCAGCUCCCCUCUGAUGCAAGUCUCACGUCGGACAGUGACAGCCACUGCAGCACCAGUCCGUGCUGUCACCGACACGACUGGCCUGAGCCUUCCUCAAACUUCUCGCUUCUGUCCUCCUCCCCCUCCCGUCUGAGGCCGCGCACUCUCUCUUUGGACGCUAAACUCAGCACCCUCCGAGGGCGAGGGUACGGAGGCGGAGGGACCUUCCAGUGCUCCUGCCGUCCUCCUUCCUCGUCACUGCUCACACCUCUCCCCGUCUCGUCUCGCUCACCUCUGUCGCAACGCAGCACACAGACCACACUCUCCUGCUCCAGCUCCACCUCCAGCAACAGCUCCAGCAACAGUGAGGGCAGCCACAGCCCCGAGUCAUCAGAGGGGGGUCCUUUCUCUAGGCCCUCCCCAGUUCGACGCAGCCUGAGAAACCUACGGGCCAGGCUUGAUCCUCGUAACUGGCUGCAGAGUCAGGUGUGAACCUAUUUCCUGAUAGAUGUUUUCGUUUGCUUAAACAUUGUUUAUUGAACCAUGUAUUAACAGACUUAACAUGUGAACGAAACUCAAGGAUGCGCACAGCUGCCUGACAGAAAAGACCUGUGUGGUCAAACUGGAAAACUGUUUUUUUUUUUUACCCAGAAGAUGGUGACAAUCACUGCAGGAGCUUUUGGGUUCCCACAGUUUAUAGGGCAAGAGAUGUUAUGCUAUGUUUGCUUUCAGAAAUUAUCAUGAUGAUGCUGCUUAGGAAAAAGUAAAUCCAAGCUAAAGUGGUUAGAUUAGCUCGAGACUGUUCAAACUCUUAACUCUGUAAUGUGAUAUUAAAACUGAAAAAUCUAAAUAUUUUUCCCUUUUUAUCACCCUUACCAUCCACUGAAACAUUAUUUUGAGGUAAUUUAUCUUGUUGUCCCAGUCAUAUUUUAUCUGAAUGUAAUUUAUUAUGUUAUAAAGGUAUGAAGUGAUGCUGUGGAGGUCCCUGAGUUGAAACAAAAGGGCACUUCACUAGAAAGGUUCAUGCAUUUAUAAUUUUAUUAACAGAUACAUGUGGUGAAACAUACUGGUGGCAGUAUCAUGCUGUGGUGGAUUUUUUUCUUUAGCAGGGACAAGAAAGCUGGUCUGAGUUGAUUUGAUGAUGGAUCAAGCUAAAUACAGGGCAAUCCUAGAAGAAAGGAUGUAAGAAGCUGCAAAAAGACUUAUGACUGGGGCAGAGGUUCACCUUCCAGCAGGACAAUGACCUUAAAAAUACAGUCAGAGCUACAAAGUAAUGGUUUAGUUUUAAGCAUAUUCAGGGACUACAGGGAUGUAAGAUUUCAAACAACAUACUCUGAGUUUUAGAUUUAAUACCCAACAAAUUAAGCUCAACAGGUUGGUAAGUGUCAAUGUUUGUUGCCUGUUCUGUGACACUUGCUUCAGUGUACUGACCCUAUUUACACACCAGAUAAGUCUUUCAAAACAACUAUGCAGCAUUUUGUUGUACAGGUUAGAUGUUCAACUACCUGUGAUAAUACUUACACUGAAUUUGGGAAAGGUUUAAUGCAAGAGUCCAUAUUUAUUGUACUGGUUCUGACUGUGAUCUUUUCAGGAUAAGAAAAAAUCUCUGCUUUGGAUUUUACCUUUACACACAGUAUUUGUCUGCACAUCCCUGGAGGGCUGCCAUCGGAACCAAGGGAUCAGUUAAAGUAUUAAUGAAAACACAAGCCAUAACCAUUGCCCUGCAGCAUCGAUACUUGCAGUAUUGUAUGGUUUCAGUGCAAUGUCUCCUGUCUGUGAGCAUAAGGGUAAAAUCCAAAAUAAGCCAUGACUCCAUUAAUAUAAAACAGAAACAUGUCAAUGUUUGUGUUUGAAAACCUAUUCCCAUUUUGGAAACCUUUCUGCCUAAUUUUGCACACAUAUCAGCCCUAGGAUUGUAAGAGCAGAUAUUAAAUCAAGUUUCCACUUCUAUAUAUAUAUUUUUUUUUUUGCAAUUGUUAUUGCCAUUUGUUAUUUUUCUCUUUUAAUACAUGAACCAAAUUUCAAAUGAGAGUUUGUGACUAUCGAUGGAUCACCAGUCUUUUCUUCCCUUGCUCUUAAAGCAACCAUAUUUACUGAGAUAUUUCAAACAAACAAUUGUUACUGUAAAUUAAUUUUAUAAGUUAAAAGAUAAAUCUCACUCUGUCAUUUUGUUACAUAACUGAUUUUAUAAAUGAAGCUGUACAGAUGUGUGAUUAACAGAUAAUGUGCAAAUGUUUAUUUGUUAAUAAUGAGUAACACUGUUAAGAGUUUCUGUCUUUUGCAACUUUUGUGUGUACUUCAUGUACACCAUCUUUAAAAAGGUUAUAUACACAAUAUGAAAUGUGGAAAUGUCAUGUUUAAAUAACAUAACAUUAAUCGAAAUAAAUGUUUAUAGUUUUAAAACUA